AAAGCCACUGCUGUUGAUUUGUAGCAUUUAUUUAUGCAACAACUUUACAUUUUGUGCUUGUGUAAAUACGAAGCGUACUGAAAUAUGGAAUCACUCAUCCAACGAAACUGCCUGAAUUAUCAGAUUCACUCUACUACUUAUACCGCGGAAGGCUAGUGGCACACACUAUCGUUUCAUUUUUCAAGACAUGCAACGAUAGUUACCGAGUUCCCAAAGCGACAAACGUCGUAUUCAUUCCCGCUUCUUUUGGAUCUGAAUGCGCGUGCGUGGUCUUGCAGUUUGGUGCCUUUGUCAAAAUACCAGUAUUGUUGAAUCUCAGCCUCAGACAUGGCAAGAACCAACGGAUACAUGCCUCCUAUUCGAAGCAACCAGGACGACGGAACGCCGAGUACAAGCCAUGUAGCAACUGACGACGCUCCAUUCGCUGGGGCCGACUGCAAUGCCAGAACCAGCAGUAGUAGCAACAGCAGCAGCACUAGGAGCGGCAGCAGCGAUGAGCCAACGCCAAGAAAAAACAAGGCGGCCAAGGAGCAACCUCCAACCAAUCUGAAAGCGGUUGUGAGCAGCAGCAGUAGCAGCAGCAGUAGCAGCAGUAGCAGCAGUAGCAGCAGUAGCAGCAGUAGCAGCAGUAGCAGCAGCAGUAGCAGCAGUAGCAGCAGCAGCAGCAGCAGCAGCAGCAGCAGUAGCAGCAGUAGCAGCAGUAGCAGCAGCAGCAGCCCCAGUAGCAGCAGUACCGACGAGAUAACGCCAAGGAAAAACAAGGCGGCCAUGGAGCAACCCCCAACCACUGUGAAAGACGGUGUCAGCAGCAGCAGCAGCAGCAGCAGCAGCACUAGUAGCAGCAGCAGCGAUGAGUCAACGCCAAGGAUAAACAAGGCGGCCAUGAAGCAGCCUCCAAUAGAUGUGAAAGGCGGUGUGAGAUAUGUGACACAGGCAUGGAGAUUCUCGCCGUGGACUCUCCUUGACCGGGGUCAGACCAGGACGCCUACGUCUGGAGAACAGCGUGGUUGCGUCGUCGGUUCAAGGAGAGACGUAAUGCCAAGAUAACUUGAAUGAUUGCCAUGAUAUGGGUCUAUUUAUACAUCAUCCUCGGGGCCAACCAACGAGGCGACAAUGGACCGCCCCCAGCCUGUGGUUUGGCCAUGCAUGCAAGGCCCAAUAUGGAUCUCGCUCUACUACUCAUCUGGCAACCUACAACCAAUACUACAGUCGUCAAAGCCAAUGGGGGAUUUAAAGGCCAGCCAGCCAUCUUCCGCUUCGGGCGCGACAUCGCUUCAAGCAGGCAUUCCUCACCAAUGCCAUUUUUGAAGGUUGGUUACCUGGCAGGUGCUGCUUCGGCUAACUCUGGCGAUUAUUGUAUCAUAGCGAUGUCGUGCCCGACAAAGUGGAAUGACGCGUUUAAGCGGUUGGUUAUUUUGGUAUCAAAAAUGUACUUUACUUUGAGCUGUUACUUGUCCUCGCGGGUGACUUCGAGCAGAAUUCAGAUCCAAUGUCGAAGGUUUAGGCCGACGCCUUCGUUGCUGCCUUGGAACGAAUAAAUAACCUUGAAGAUGCCGUGACUGCUAUGCAAGCCAUAUUGUAAAAAUUUCCGAAAGAGACAGGCAGUGCUUUGGAAAGUGUACGAAAACAUGCAGAAAAUAAGAAGGCUUUGUGCAUUGACUUCAAACGAGCGAACGAAGAACGCGCUGCCACUGUAAAGGAAGUUAAACUGCUCAAUACAAAGCUAGUAGCGCUGCAAUCAUCAAUGCUGUCUCAACGAGCAGGGGAUUCUGGAACGUGUUUGGAAACAUUGCGUGACAUUUUGAAUCAGCUGUAUAAAAUGUAUUCUAGAUGCUAAAAUGCAGAAAACUGUAUGCAGCGAUCAAACCUGCUCUUAUUUGGUAUAGCAGAUGAAGCUGACGAAAACUGGGCAGCUUCAGAAAAAAAAAAGUGACACAGUUUUGCUGCGAAAGGUUCGGCACGCAAUUCACGGCUGCGCAGUUUGAGAGGGUGCAUUGAUUAGGGGAGUUUACGGAAGUCAGGGUGAGGCCUAUAGUCGUGAAAAUGACAUUUUUGAAAGACAAAGGCCGUAUUUUCUCAUCUGCGCGCAAAUUAAAAGGAUCUGGUUUUUCAAUACGCGAAGAUUUUUCGCCAGCUACCCGGUAGGCACGAAUGCAGCUAAUUCCUUUUCCCAAAACAGAAGUUAAGCCUUGUACGUUAUCAACCCAUCGACAACGCAUUGGGGACACCAUUAAUAUUUUUCAUAGCGCUUGCAAAACCGUUGUUCCUUGUGGGAAAUAGCUGUGAACCACAAUGCUUGAUGUGAACCACAGAAAGUCAAAGCCACCUGUCAUCGCACCAUCAUUGUCGAUAGCUUUUACAAAUAUCCGAAGUCUAUUGCCUGAAUGCGACGCUAUUGCCUUUCUUGAUGACUCCAGUUCUGAUAUUCUUGUUCCUACUGAAGCAUGGCUACACCGUGAAAGAACAGAUAAUGAAAUAUUUCUACAUGAUAGCGCAUUUAACAUGUUAAGGUGCGAUCGCAUUGAAGGGAGGUGGUGGCGUACUCCUCGGUCUCGAAAGAACAUUUACCUCACAAGUUAUUAAUGUGGAUUCCAGUAUUGAGAUAGUAUCGGCUAUAUGUCAAACGUGCAGGAACAAGGCACUGAUACGAUGUUGUUAUCGUCUCUCGAUACAAAUGAGUACUUUUUUGUCGAACUGCGCCAUAGAAUUUCUAAAGCCCUUGAGCUCUGUCAAGCUGAUAUCGUCUAUCUUUUGGGUGAGCUUAAUUUUCUUUUAUUCGACUGUAAAAACCUAUCAUCCUCUUUCAUACAUCAAUGGAGUUCAUUUCUUUAAUGGAUUUCAAUUUAUCCCGAAUGAUUACCCAGCCCACCCGUGGCGCUAACAUUUUAGAUUUAGUUUUCACUAACAACACUGAAACAGUUGAAGUUGUUUACUUAGACCGUUCAGCGAUCCCAAGCAACUACAACGUAAUCUUAAGAUCCUUUUGAAAUUUACAGGCGUCUCAAGCAAAACCAUUCAUGCUUACAACAGAGCAAACUAUUACAAUAUUAACAAAGAACUUGAGACAUUUCUUUCUGGCACCUUUUUAACUUCGUUUUCUGCUCGGUCAGUCAACGAAAGCUGGCUUCUGCUUGAAGAAAAGCUGUGUGCUUUAAUGGAAACGUAUAUACCCUAAUCAAAAUAACAGGCGAUAGAAGGAAACCUUGGUUCACCAAAUACUGUACCUUCAAGGGCUAAGAAACCAGAAGAAAAAGCUAUAUGCAACUGCAAAACGUACAAUCUCGCCCGUGGUAUGGGAUAAAUAUAGCUCAUUUUUGAAAGAUUAUUGCGUGUCUUUAAAAGAGCCUAAAGAAAAAUACUACUCUCAAGAUCUUCCUUCACUACAUAAAAACAACGCAAAAAAAGUUUUGGCAGGCAAUUUCACCUAGCAGUUGCGAGCAUCACAUUUCCAAGUGAAGGCAAUCAAGCUCCAAUUAGUGACAAGGAAUUGCCAGUCGUCUUUAAUGCAUUUUUUCAUCUUUAUUCACAAUAGAAAACAAUUCAAAUCUGCCGCAAGUCACUGACCCAGAUUACUAGUACAUGCAAUCCAUCGAUGUAACAAAGUAUGGUAUCACAGGUCUCAUAACUAACCUUAAGUUUACCACUUCUUCGGGUGUCGAUAACAUUAACUCAAAUUUUUAAAAAUACAGCCACACUGUCUAGCCAGUUGUCUUAUUUUUCGCCACUCAUCAUCAGGCCAGCUUCCCUUAGACUGGAAAAUUGCAAAAGUAAUACCACUACACAAAUGUGGCAGCAAGAAUUCCCCAGAAAACUGUCACCCAAUAUCACUAACAAGUAUUUGCUGCAAAAUGCUUGAACAUAUUGCAUCUCACAUAUAUCAUCAUCUG